ACGCUUUUAUUCUGAAGGUUUGAAACCGGAAGUCACUCAGUGGCAGUUAGCGGACCACCAAGCUAUGCUAACGGUUUGAGCUAGCUGCUAGCUGUUAGCUGAGUUCAUCUCCUAUCCGGAUACUGUCGUUGAUGCUUUUUGAGCCAUGAUGGACUCCGGCAUGAUCCAGCUGAGGUCGUUCGUUCAUCAGCGGCUGUUCUCCGCAGCAGAGGAGAUCCUCGGAGAGGUGGAGAGAACCGUCACGUUAGCUCUGUACGAAGCCGAAGUUAGUCGCUCUAAAGAGGAGGUGGAGAGUCUGCAACACCAGCUGGACCUGCUGAGACACAAACCAGCAGCUGAGCCUUCACUGACCAGCAGCACAGUGGAACGUGGAGACGGAUGUGAUGCCCCACUGCUGCAGGAGAACCCAGGACCCUCAACAACAGAAGAAUCUAACUUCAGUCUGAGUGCUGAGGUCCCGGGACCCUCUCAAACCAGCGCAGAUCCGGACAGUAAUAACUGGAACUACUGCUUGGUUCAGACGGACUUCAAGAUGUCAAAGAUAAAAGAAGAGCAGGAGGAACUUGUGGAUGACAGUCAAACACAGGAGAUGUUUUUUCCUUCUCCUGAAAUUGUGAAAAGUGAGCAAGAGGAACAAGUAUCAUAUGAGAUGCAGCCAGUUUCUUCAGACUGCUCUGAAGCUCAGAGUGAGAACAAUAACAGCGAUGAGGAGUGGGUGAACAGCAAAGGAGAACAGACCAAAACAAUGAAAAAGAAAGGAAAGAUAUUGCAAAGUGGUAGCGUUGAUGAGAAGGACAAAGCAGCUUUGCCAUAUGACAAAAGUUCUGCUAAAAAUGAAAAGGAUCGCAGUUUUUGCCAUUUUUGUGGCAAGGGGUUCCAGUACAUCGGCUCUUUGAUGAAGCACAUAAAAACACAUGAGAACAAUUUUGAUUGCACUGUAUGUGGGAUAACAUGCCAGUCCACACAGGAGCUGAUAACUCACGUGAAAGGUUGUCACAACAAAACAUAUUUUUGUGCCGUUUGUGGCAAGACUUUCGCCAAUGUCCGUUGUCUCCGACUGCAUGAAAGAAUACACUCGGGCAUUAAAGAGUUUGUGUGUCAAGAAUGUGGCAAGACAUUUUACCGAAGAGAGCAUCUGGUUGUUCAUGUGAGGACGCAUUCUGGGGAGAAACCGUAUCACUGUGAUGUUUGUGGAAAAGCAUUCAGUCAGAGCCAGAACCUUACAAUUCAUAAAAGAAGUCACUCAGGGGAGAAACCAUAUCAAUGCGGCCUUUGUGGUAAACUUUUUAACACAAGCAGUCACCUCAAAACACACAUGAGGUACCAUUCAGGAGAAAAACCGUACCCGUGUGAUAUUUGCGGUAAACGUUUUCGCCAAAGCGGACAGAUGACUCGACAUAGGACCACACAUACAGGAGAGAGGCCAUAUGGCUGCCAUAUUUGUGGUAUGAGAUACAGGUUUGCACCUAAUCUGAAGGUGCACCUGCAAACUCAUGAAAAGUUAGCCGCUGAGUGAAAACCGUGACAUUAACAAGGCAGGCAGACCAUCUCAGAGCUCAAUUACAAAUCAUGUAUAUCGGUAAGUUAGAUUCAUUUUGAAGAGCUCCUUUCAUUGUUACCAGAAAAAAAACAACACAACCUAAAUAUGUUCAUGAAUCCCUUUAGGUUUCGGUUUAUAUGAUUUUAGACUUCUGAAAUAUGUUGAUAGCUGCUCUUUUUUCACAGCUCAUGUAUGUAUUUUUGUAUAUUCUUCUGUGUAAUGUCUUCUUAUGGUGAAAUCAAAUUUCCACAUGGGGGACAAUAAAGCUGAAUAUUCUGUCAUAUCACA